UAUGAAGAUUUGUUUGCAGAGAGCAUUGGAUGAAGAUAUUUAAAUCAAAAUAUUAAACAUUGACUAAGAUACUUGGAGAUUAACAGAAGGUCCAUCAAAAUGGGUAAUUUCGAAGCUGUACUGACCGUCCUCCUCUUCGCAAUGAGUUUGCCCUCUACUAACUCUCAACAAACUGCUUGCACAACGUCCUCCAUUGCAGAUAUUGUUUUCCUAGUUGAUGGAUCCUGGAGUCUAGGAACGCAAAACUUUGAAAAGGUUCAAGAGUUUCUCUAUACGUUGGUGAAUGAAUUUGAUGUUGGAGAGGACAAAGUCCGGAUAGGCCUCGUUCAGUUCAGCGAAAGUCCACGUACAGAGUUUUUCUUGAAUUCUUUUCAUGAUAAGAGCGAAAUCCUACAGAAGAUACAGCGGCUGUCAUUUAAGGGAGGAGGCACAAGAACUGGGCUGGGCCUUAGGUUCAUGCUUAACAGGCAUUUUGUGGAGUCGGCAGGAAGCAGGGCGUCGAUGGAUGUGCCGCAGGUGGCCAUCGUUAUCACCGACGGGAUUUCUGAAGAUAACAUUGCUCUGCCUGCAAAGGCACUGAGGGAUCAGGGCAUCAUUGUGUACACCAUUGGUAUUCAGGAUGCUGAUGAGAGGGAGCUGGAGGAAAUUGCCAGCAAGCCAGCUGCAAACUAUGUGUUCAAUGUGGCUGACUUUGAUGCUCUGAACGAUAUUUCAAAUGGCAUCAUCCGAGUUGUAUGUACAAGGGUUGAAGAGGUGUCCCGUGAAAUAUCUAAGGUCUCACUGGCAUCCAUAGCUUGCAGGAAUGCCACAGUUGCUGAUAUCGUCCUUGUGAUAGAUGGUUCAUCAAGUAUAAGUGACGAGGACUUUAGAAACAUUAAGAAAUUUCUGUACGCAUUUGUUAAUGGACUGGAUAUUGCAAGGAACAAAGUGAAGAUUGGGCUGGUUCAGUACAGCUAUGAUUCAAAGACUGAGUUUCUUCUCAAUGAGUAUUUGUCAAAGAAGAGCAUAUUGGACAAAAUACAGAACGUGUCACAGAUGAUGGGUGGGACAAAUAUGACGAAGGCUCUGGAGCUCCUGCAGAAGGAACAUUUUGUUCCGUCAGCAGGGAGUAGAGCAGCAGAAGGCGUGAAACAAAUUGCCAUUCUGAUCACCGAUGGAGGAUCAAUUACCAUGGCAGCCAAGGAAGCUACUAAGCUGAGAAACAGCAAUGUCACAAUUUAUGUCAUUGGAGUUAAUGUCGCAUCAGAAAAGGAACUUCAACUUAUAUCCAGUAGACCACCUCAGAAAUAUGUCUACAAUAUUGCAAAUUUUAACAAGCUAUUAGAAAUUUCAAGCAAAGUUUUGGAAUCGGUGUGCACGGCAGUUGUAGAUCAUAUCCAAGCCUUUGCUAUGCGUUAUGCUGAUGUCGUUUUUCUAGUUGAUAGUUCUCAGAAUGUGGGGCCCACAGGAUUCCAGCAGAUCCGAAACUUCAUCUUCAGGGCUGUUUCUCAAUAUGAGAUCGGGGCAGACAAGUUCCAAGUUGGUCUUGCCCAGUACAGUAUUAAUGUCAAAACAGAAUUCUUACUGAAUGCCUACCAAACAAACGCUCAAGUGGCAAAUUACAUAAGGAGUCCUCGCAAGUUUGCAUUUCAGGGAGGACGUGGCCUAAGAACAGGAAAUGCUAUUAACAACCUGGGUGAGAUCUUCUUUAGAGAGUCCGCUGGAUGUCGACAGGCUCAAGGAGUUCCUCAGAUUGCUGUAAUACUUGCUUCAGAACCUUCACUGGAUGAUGUCACCCUGGCUGCCAGGGUGAUAAAAAGCAAAGGUGUGAAGAUUAUCUCCAUUGGUGUGAAGAAUGCUAACCAGAGUGAGCUGAAGGAGAUAGCCUCUGAUUACGGUGCUGCUUUACUGAUCAGUGAUUUUAGAAGACUUCCUGAGGUUUGGGACCAAAUAGACAAAGUAAUCACCCAGAUGAUUCAAAAUGAAUUUCUUGCCAGACAGCUCGAAAGACCAGAAGCAUGCAAGACUGCUUCAGUCGCUGAUGUUGUUUUCUUGGUAGACGCAUCUGAUGACAUUGGGGCAGUCAACUUUCAAUUACUCCGUGCUUUCCUCCAAGACAUAAUCUAUACAAUGGACAUAGAAACUGAAAAGGUCCGCAUUGGUUUGGCUCAGUACAGUACUGGACCAACAGAAGAAUUUAAUCUAAAAAGCUAUCGCCACAAGAGUGACAUCCUGGACCAUAUCAGAUUAAUACCCUACAAAGGAGGAGGCAGAAUGACAGGCACUGCCAUUAAGUUUGUACAGAAAAACUAUUUUACAGAACAGGCUGGCAGUCGCGCCAAGAAAGGGAUCCCCCAAGCUUUGGUUUUGAUCACUAGUGGUGAAUCCCAGGAUAAAGUGGACAGUGCAGACGCAUUGCGUCGUAAGGGUGUUACGAUUUAUGCCUUGGGCAUCGGAAAUGCCACCAUAAGAGAGCUGGAGAAAAUUGCUUCAUAUCCUCCAAAGCGAUAUGUUUCCAGAGUGGAGGACUUCACUCUGCUUUCACUUACAGUGGAUACCUUCCUGAAAAGGAUUUGCAAUAAUAUCAUCACUCAAGUCUCAGUGACAAGUGUCCUGGAUGACAACCUUGUACAAGGCUGUGCUGAAACUGAACAAGCUGAUAUUUACUUUCUCAUCGAUGGGUCAUCCAGCAUAUCACGUGUGGACUUCAAGGACAUGCAAAAAUUCCUGAUCGGGGUUGUUAAUGUACUUAGUAUUGGUGCAGAUCAGGUUCGCGUUGGGGUUGUCCAGUACUCAACAGACACAAAAAUUGAAUUUGAAGUCACUCAACAUAUAAAUAAAACUAGUUUGGAGAAAGCAAUUAGAGGAAUUUCUCAACUUAUGGGAAAAACUGGGACAGGCCGUGCAUUGAGCCGCAUGAAAAAUCUCUUCAGCGAAGCAGCGAAAAGCCGUGGAAAUACAGUGCAACGUUUCCUGAUCACCAUCACUGAUGGAAAGUCAGAUGAUGAUGUAGAAAUUCCUGCAAAUUAUUUGAUUCAGCAGGGAAUAACCAGUUAUGCAAUAGGAGUAGGGGAGGCAGAUGAAACUGAACUUCAACGGAUUGGAGGAGGAGCCAAAGAAAGAGUUUACUUUGUCACUAACUUUGAUGCGUUGAAAGAUAUCAAGAAUAGCAUUGUGCAGAGAAUCUGUUCAGAGGAAGCCUGCAGAAGAAUGGACCAGAGUGACAUCAUUUUCCUAAUCGAUGGAUCAGGAAGCAUAUACCCCAAUGACUUUAUGAAAAUGAAAGAGUUUAUGCACAGCAUUGUGAACAAGACCACGAUUGGACCAGAGCAUGUGCGCAUAGGUCUAAUACAGUUUGGCUCAACUCCCAAUCCAGAAUUUCAGCUUGAUGGAUAUUCAUCAAAAGUUGAUUUAUACAAUGCAAUUAAUAAUAUGCAGCAACUGGGAGGAGGCACUUUGACGGGCCAAGCCCUGAAUUUUGCAGAAGACUACUUUGCCGUAUCUAAAGGGGGUCGGGCUGGAAUCCCACAGUAUCUCAUAGUGAUCACUGAUGGAGAGGCACAGGAUGAGGUCCUGAGCCCAGCAACAGCAAUCAGGGAUAAAGGAGUCAUAGUGUUUGCCGUGGGUGUUUUCAAUGCCAACAGAAGUCAGCUUCAGGAAAUUGGAGGAGCUCAGGAUAAAGUUUACUUUGUUGAAAACUUCAAGCUGCUGGAAGAUCUUGACCAACAAAUAUUCUGGGAGAUUUGCAGCCAUCCUGAGACCUGUCUGAAAACAGAUGGAGCAGAUAUUGUUUUUAUGAUCAAUGGAUCAAGCAACACAGAGCCAGAUGAAUUUGAGCGUAUGAAAAGUUUCAUGACAGCAAUGGUGAACAGUUCAAUUAUCUCCUCCAGCAAUGUGCAGUUUGGUGCCAUACUGUACAGUGAUUCACCUGAUGUCCAAUUCCAGCUGAAUCAAUUCAGGAGCAAAAGAGACAUCCUCAAAGCCAUAAACCAAAUGCAGUUAGGAGAAGAAGCUGCCUACAUUACAUUUGAUCUUAAGCAGGCAAGACAGCUUUUAGAAAGUGGAGGUCGAAGGUCAAAAAGUAUCUCACAGUUCAUCAUAGUGAUGGCUAAUACAGAAGCCACAAAUUCAUUGAAAGAAUCUUUGCUGGCUGACACUGGAGAGAGCGAAGUGACUGUCUUCACCAUGAGUCCAUCUAGAAACAGUGAAGAAGCACUCCUGGGAAUACGAGACACCGAUAAAAAACAAUUCAUUUUUCAGAGUUUUGGCACCAUGGGUGAUCUAAUUACAAAAAUAUCACAGUUGAUUUGUGACAAAACAAAUCCAGAAUGUGACCUUCAGCAAGCAGACAUUGUUUUCCUCAUGGAUGGAUCAGGAAGUAUUAGUCCCAAAGACUUUGACCUCAUGAAAUCGUUUCUGAGCAACCAGAUUGGUAUGUUUACUGUCAACUCAACUAAAAUCCAGAUUGGUCUGGCGCAGUUUAGUUCACAUUUCCAAAAAGUAGCUGAUUUAAAUGAUUUCUCAACGAAGAAACCUUUGCUGGCUAAAAUUGAAGAACUAGUCCAACUGAAAGAAGGAACCAGGAUUGGACUGGCUCUGACAAAUUCGGCACCCAUGUUCACAAAGGAAGCAGGUAGUCGGAAAGCCUCUGGGGUGCGCCAAUUCCUGCUAGUGUUCACUGAUGGGAUGUCGCAGGAUGAUGUGGUUCUUCCAGCUGAACGCCUGAGACAAGAUGAUAUAAAUAUAUUUGCUGUGGGUAUAGGGCAAGUAGAUAACAACCAACUUUUACAAAUCUCAGGCUCCAAUGAAAACGUCUUUUACGUUGAAAAAUUUGAACAUCUGAACAAAAUUAAAAGAAGGAUCGUCCGCAGUCUCUGUAAAGAUAGGCCACCACCAGUAUGCUCCAUUGAUAUUGCCAUGGGACUAGAUCUUAGUAAUCAGGUGGAACUUCUGAAUGCACCUGGCAGUCAGCAGAAACUGCAGAUGCAUCUGAAUGGCAUCAUUGAGAGAAUGAUGGAUCUUCGCAACAUCAGCUGCAAGUCAGGUCAAGGUCUCGCAACUCGGAUGGGAUUUCACAAGUCGGCCCUGGCUUUAGAUUUGGAAUUUAAAAAGUAUGACUUCGGUGAAGUAAGGAAAGAAUUACAAUUGCAGAUGGAGAAUCAAGUGACCUUGAAAGCUGAUUAUCUGCAAUCGUUUUCAGGCAUGCUUCAGCAGAACGCAGAAGCAAAUGUGAAGGUAAUACUAAUGUUUACAGAUGGAAUAGAUGACGACAUAGAAAAACUAAAGGAAGUAUCAGAAAGACUCCGACUUAAUGCGGAUGCCCAUGCACUGAUCUUCGUUCCCCUGGAAGAAAUAGAAAAUGCUGACAAACUUGCUGAACUGGAGUUUGGACGAGGGUUUGGUUACAGAAAGAAACUGAUGAUUAACAAGCCAGAUAUUGGAAAUGCUUUACUAUCAGAAAUUGACACCAUUGCAGAAAGGGAAUGCUGUAAAGUAUAUUGCAAGUGCUUAGGGCAGCCAGGAAGAAGAGGAUUUCAAGGACAAAGCGGAUUUAAAGGGAAUACAGGUAGAAAAGGAUUCAAAGGAUAUGCAGGAGAAGAUGGAUAUGUGGGUAACAGAGGAGCUCCAGGUAUUAUGGGAGCUCAAGGAGAAAAUGGAUGUCAAGGUCCCAAGGGCCCCAAGGGAUCAAGAGGAUAUCGAGGAGAGAAGGGUGACAAAGCUGCCGAUGGUUUGGAUGGAAUAAAUGGAGAGGAGGGAGAACCUGGAAUUCCUGGAGUCAGUGGAGAAAAAGGGCCUGAUGGAAAUACUGGAAGUAAAGGUGUUCGAGGAUCUAAAGGUGAGCGUGGAGAUCCUGGCCUACCAGGGGACCCUGGUGUACCUGGUAUAGAUAAUUAUUUUAGAGGAAGGAAGGGUGACAAAGGACAACGUGGUAUACAGGGUGAAUUUGGGACAAGUGGUAGACCAGGCACGGUUGGCAGUGAUGGAAGUAGAGGACGACCCGGUCGGAGAGGAAUUGUGGGUAGAAAGGGUCGCAAGGGACAGAUUGGUAUCACUGGAACCAUUGGGCCCCCUGGAUUCCAAGGCCCACAGGGAUCUAAAGGAAGUUUUGGUUCCCCUGGAACACGAGGAGAGAGAGGAUUACCAGGAGCUCAGGGUUCAGCAGGAAGUGAAGGCUUCCUAGGUCCCAAAGGGAGUGACGGAUUCAAAGGGCAAAAGGGUGAAGAUGGAUACCUAGGUCAGAAAGGAAGAAUUGGAAGAACUGGACCUCGUGGUCUACAGGGCAUGGAUGGGAUUGAUGGGAUGGGAAUCCCUGGACCAAAAGGACGGCAGGGAGAUCAAGGAUUCCCUGGUUAUCCUGGUUCGCAGGGACAAGAUGGUGUCCCUGGAACUUCCGGUGGAAGGGGACCUAAAGGAAUAAGAGGACGCAGGGGAAACUCUGGUCAACCUGGUGUGUCAGGAAGCCCAGGAGAAAGAGGAAAUCCAGGAACAAGGGGCUUGAAAGGGCCACCAGGGACCACACCCAUGAAACCAUGUGAACUCCUGUCGUAUAUUCGAAGUAAUUGCCCUUGCUGUUCAUCAAAAAGCUCAGAGUGUCCCGUUUAUCCUCUGGACCUAGUGUUUGCAUUGGACUCGUCUUCAGGUGUUACUCCGGUCAUGUUUAACAGAAUGAAGAGGAUGGUGAUUGAUUUUGUGCAGGAUCUUAAAAUAACUGAAAGCACCUGUCUAGAGGGAGCACGUGUGGCAGUUCUUACCUAUAGCUCCAUGCCAAAAAUGUUCAUCCGUUUCUCAGAAUACAGGAGAAAGAAAAAGCUUCUAGAAGCACUGCAGAAUUUAGCUUAUGAGCGGUCAGCUAACAGGCAGGAUAUCGGAACAGCAAUGAAGUUUGUGGCGAGAAAUGCUUUCAAACAUGCUCGUGGUGGCAUUCUUGCCAGAAAAGUAGCAGUGUUUAUUACCAGUGGACCAACUCAACACAAAUCAGCAAUCAUGACCGCAGCCCUGGAGUUCAGUGCCUUGGACAUCACCCCGGUUGUCAUUUCUUUUGCUGAAGUCCCUGACAUACAGCUUGCCUUCCAGGUUGAUGAUACAAGCAAGUUUCAAGUAGCUUUGUUGUCAAGACAGCAACGAGAAGCUCAGGAACAGUUACGCACAAUCCAAUUAUGCACCUUCUGUUUUGAUAUGUGUCAACCAAGAGCUCAAUGUCAACAAGUCAUCUCUCCACCUCCAAUCUCAAUCAACAUGGACAUGGCUUUUGUUGUUGAUGGCUCACACAAUAUGAAAAUGAUGGACUUUGAAAGAAUAAAGUAUUUCCUCAUCUCAAUGCUGGAUAUGUUUGUGAUUUCAAGAAGCCCACGCACCCCUGAUAAUCGUGCUAGGGUAGCAUUGGUACAACACUCACCAGCAGGUUACCUCCCCAGUGCUGGUCAGAAGCCAGUCAGUUUGGAGUUUGGGUUCUUGAAAUAUAACAACAAAAACAUGAUGAAGAGGCACAUUAAGGAAUUAUUUAAUAAAUUAGAUGGACCCUCUGGGAUAGGCCAUGCUAUUGAAUGGACCAUAAAUAAUGUUUUCACAAGAGGCCCAGGUGCACGCCGUUAUAAAGUGAUCUUCAUAAUACUUGCAGGAGAAACAGGUGACUUUGACAUGGAAAAGUUAAGAAUGGUGUCCCAGGAAGCUAGGUGCAAAGGUUUUGUGAUCUUUACAGUUUUCCUUGGGAAGGAAACUGGCAGAAACAACCUGGAGGAGACUGUUAGUUUUCCUUUUGACCAACACUUGAUUCACAUUGGCCAGCUGCUUGAUUCUGAAAUGACUUAUGUCGAAAGGUUUACUCGGGCCUUCCUGAAAAGUCUCACACUUGAAAUCAAUGACUACCCCUCUCCAUACUUAGAGCGGGAAUGUCAAUAUGAGAGUGAAAUAAGUGUAUAUGUAGAGAAAGAAACAAUAUUGGAAAAUUAUGAAGAUGAGGAAGAAUCUGCAGCGUAUGCACAGGGAACAAUAACUGAGAGGCAAGAGAAUGUAUAUCAUGAUGGGGGAGAAUUUGAAGUAUCUGCACGGGAAGUAGAAGCUGAGAGUCAAGCAAAUACACAUCAUGAUAUAUGCUCCCUCAGACAGGAUAUGGGAAGUUGCCAGGAUUAUGAAUUAAAGUGGCACUUUGACCAAAGUCUAAAAAGUUGUAAACAGUUCUGGUAUGGCGGAUGUGAUGGAAAUGAGAAUCGAUUCAAUACCCUUGAUGAUUGUGAAGAAAUCUGCCUCAUAUCACACUAGAAAAUGUUUCAGCAGUUACGUGCAACAAAAUGAAUGCUUCAGAAUCAGUAAGCCUGAGGGGUCAGUCGCAUUAUCCCAUGAAUUAGUCAGAAGAUAUCAAAUUUGACUUGGGCCAUGGUUCCAUUUGAACUUGGACUGUGAUAGAAGAGAACAAUGUCAGCCAGGAGUCUAGCUCCAGACUAAAAUGGUCAUCUUCUUGAUGGAAUUUUCUGCUUGGGAAGAUGUUGGGCAAGUAAAGAAUGGCAAAUGGCUGUUAUGCCCACUGUAGUUGAAUAGCUCUCAACUAUUCAUUGUUGAGGCUCAUUCAUUUGCAAUAACCAUUGCAGUCAUUGCCAGUACAAGGAGUCAGUGGCUUCAGGAAGGAACUGAGUUCAUUGUUCAGGAAAAAAAGUAGCGUAAAAGGGAUAAACAGGCUUUAAAUAUAAAUAUGUAAAAUGCAUUAUUUUAUUUGUGCAAAUCAGAAUUUUGUUUUUCAAAAUAACAUGCAUCUGUUUCCAAAGUGUGAGACCAAUGCCUUUGAGGAAUGGAAGUUGAAACUUGUAAAUCUGGAUUGCUCAUAAUUUGAAUCUACCCCCUUGCUUUUAUAACAAGUCCUUAGUUUGCUAGAUUCUGUGUCAGGGCAUGGAGGAGCACUAUGAAUAACCAGGAUAGCUUCAUUUAGUUAACACGUAUCUUUGUAGUAUCAUGUAGAGUGCUCUUGGUUUUCUUUAUUCACAACCAAUGUUUUUUCUCAGAAUUUGUUCAUGCAUAUGUUCCACCUACAAAAUUACUGCUUUUUGAUUUGAAUUAAAAACAAAGUAACCUGAAACUAUACUUAAACUUUGCCUUCAUCUUUUCUUGCACAUUCACUAAUAAUGCAAGAACAUGUUACACAUUAGGGGAAAGAUCUGCAUGUGAAAAUAAUCAGUCUAUCAGCAAUGGUAGCACUUUUUAUCAUUUGCUCAGACAAUACGUUGCCUCAUCAAACAAUAGAAAUACACAUCUUUGGGAUGAUUCACAAUAUUUUGAGGCUGUAAAGGGUAAAUAGGAUUUAUUUGUAAGUUUGAAUUGGGUGAAGAAAAUGCCUGUGGAGUGAUACACAGAAACAGAAGGAAGAACAGAUUCCUAGCUGUUGGCAGCAUUGUAUGGAUAGCUCCUUGUACCUGAAAUGAGGACAGUAACAUCUAUAAAGAGUGGGGACCAUUGGUGCAAUGACCAAUGGGGGUUGGAGGACUGAGGAAGAAGAGUGAUGUGUGUGGGAGGAGUAUGAUGGUUGAGGGAGGGGGUUCUUUGGAGUGAAGAUUGAGGAAGAGA